GUUAGACUUUAUUAAUGGUGUGUAAAUUGUUUCUAUAAUAAUGUCAGCCGAACACAAUGGUGUUCUUAUAGGUCCAAGGGUAUGUAUAUGUGUAGCAAAAUCAAAUUUAAUUUUGCAUUUCAGUUUAUGUGGUUUUUUUUGCAAGGUUACUGAUUUAUUUUUAUAUGAAGCUUCUUUGCGGUCGGGGACAAGAAUCAUUAGUGUUUAUUUUUGGUGUGUCAUAGUAUUCUAACACUUAUCAGCGUGAAGAUUUGUGUUUCUUGUUGUCUAUUACUAGUGUUUAGUUUUUGUCACCAUAUCUUACUUUGACUGGUGCCACCAUAUCAGCGGUUAUUUGUGGUGUCACUUGGCACUUAAUGACAUAAUACACUCCGUUGAAUGAGCAAAAUAUAUACUCAAAGGAUCUGAACUUGUUCAAGCUUCUUCUGGUUACUCCCCUAGUCCCCUCCCCUUUAUAAUUUCAUAUUAUCUUCUUUAUUAUUGUUAUUAUUAUUAAAAAAUCAUUACUAUAUCAGCUAAUUUUAGCCAAUAUUAUAGUGAGUUGUUAAUUUUAGUAAAUAUAAAGCCCAUUGAUCGUAAAUUUUUGUUGAAUUUAAGUUUUAAAUAUUUUUUAAAUUGAAUUUCAAAUUUUUUAUGAUUGCAUAUGCCCUCCCACCAUCAUUUUCCAUGCUUCAAAGUUUAAUGUGGGUCAAUUCUUAAGCAUUUAUUUCUGAUUUCUGAUUGACACUGCUUCUAUAUAUGGCUCCGAACAGGCUCUGGGAGAAGCCAUUGCUGAAACCAUUAAACUUGGUCUCACAAGCUCCAGGGAUGAACUUUUCAUCACUUCUAAGUUAUGGUUAUCUGAUAACCAUCCCGAUCUUGUUCUUCCUACUCUAUGGAGUCUGGACUUCACUGGAACAAUGUCACAAAUUGGGGCUUGCAAAAUCAAUUGGAGUCAGCAAUUUUUCUAUCAACAAACUUCAACAUUUCCUUUCUUUCGCUACAAUUCUUCUUGCGGUUAGCCAAAUUGACUUGAAGCACAUUUUCUGCAAGAUGUUUGUGAGGUCUACCCAGAAAAAUUGUCAAACUAUGAAGAGAAGAUCAAAAGCUUCUUUGAAGAGCAUCUUCACACCGACGAAGAGAUCCGCUAUUGUGUUGCUGGAAGUGGUGUGUUACGGCCUGGCCCAAACUCACGCGGGUCAACCCGACCCGAGUUCUAGCCGGCCCAGUACUCCACCCGACCCGGACACGCGUCCCGUACGGCUCGCCCGCAGCCGAAGGACAGCGCCCUUGAGGGUAUGGGCCUGACCAUUGAAGGGGGCCCACUACUGACAUGUAUAUAAGGGGGAGACUGGCUCUCCCCCCAAGGUACGUCACAUUCACACACCAUUUCCUCUCCGCCUGCACAUAUUCUGACUAGGGCGUCGGAGUGUCUUUGCAGGUGGCACCCCCUCCAUACGAAGUGCUCGGGACCUCGCUCCCCCAGGACCAGGAAAUUACGACCAAACGAGUUUCUCCGCUAACCGAAGCGUUGACCUCAGGAUCCUGAUCCGAACCGUCCGGUACCCGACCUACCGAACAAGGUGUUUGGCUUGAAUUUAAAUGUAUUUUUUACUUAGAUAGAUAAUAUUUGUAAGAUUUUUAGUGUUAUAUUCCUCUUAUUUUAUUUGAACU